AUGCAAACACAGGCCAUUUCUUUUCUGAUGCCCCUCACUGCGUUACAAACUAGUAUAGGGCUCCGCUUUGUUACAGCCAGAGGCUUUCCUGGGGAUCAAAGGCGCCUUCUGCUAAUUCAGCAUCUGCCUGGAAGUCAAUCUGGAGUAAUCUCAGCAAGCCGGGUCCAUUUCAAGGAUAUUCCAGAGUACAUCAAUCUGCCUUUAGCGUAUCAAGGGAUCAAGACAAAGAUUUAUUCCACUACUGAGUUUCCCUAUUCAAUCUAUGUGGCAAGGAGUCCUUAUGGAAACCCUCGGGUCACAGUAGAAAUGAGGUUCCAUUUUCAGGAUUGCUAUUGUGGGGAGCCGGCGCCAAAUUGGUUAGACAAUGAACAUUUGGAGACCGUUGAUGUACCCGCAGAUUGCUUGAGAAAGCGACAAAGAGACGAACUUACACUCAAAAUCCCCCACGACUGGAUCUGCGGAGCCGAAUCAAAUGUGUCAUGCACUACAGUAGAGAUAAUCUAUAACAAAGAAUCCAACAUCAUUCGCCAGUUUAUUCAGCGACAUUUAAUCACCCAACUCAAGACAAGUCUCAAAGAUCAGUUUGCGCAGAUUUUGUUAACAUUCGAUCAAUGGGACAAGCUUACCCUGGGUGAGUUACGAAGUUGCGAAGAGUCUGCUGUCCAGAUCAAGCAAUGCAUGUAUGGCACAAAAAAGCAGCGGUCAAGGUCCAAAGCCCAAUCUAAGUCCCAAUCUACAAACAUAUAA